CGCCGUCUCAGCUUUCCCGCAGACGAUGCUGAAAGGCGAACCGACGGCUUAAGGAUGACGGCCGAUUAACGACUUACAUGUUUCCCAUUUCCGAAAAACGCUGCCUCUCGGGCGAAGUCCUCCAUGGUGCCUCCGAGCAAAGCGUGACUCUCUGCGCUUUUUGCAUUCAGGCACCUGACCAACCACCGCCGGGCGGGUUAGCUCAAUGACGACUCGUCACUAACGCGUUGUCUGGCCCUGAGUCCUUCGUCUGCUCACAAGACUGUUUUGCACCGGAGUCAGGUUGCUGCCAGGGGCAUCUUGCUUUGAAUUUGUCCUACCCUGUACCGGCCUCUUGCUUGUCAACAGGGCUGGGAUGUGGCGGCCAUCUGAUAAACGUAUAUAGUAUUUAAACACCUGCCAGUUUACCCGCCUGAUGCUUGGAGGUUUAUUCCACUUCAGGAUUAAACAAACAUCACAAAAAUGGGCUCGACUCACAGAGAAAGGCCCCGAGUCAAGGAGUUCGGAUUGUCGGAGGUCUACACUUCCCAGGACCCUCAGGUCGACGUUGUAUUUGUCCAUGGCCUUAACGGAUCAGCGUAUGCGACGUGGGCGACAAAGAAGUCCGACAUAUUUUGGCCCGCAGACCUCCUCCCUCGAACACUUCCAAGUCAACAGCUUCGGAUUUUGACAUAUGGCUACGAUGCUAAUGUCUCCGCGUUCAUGGAUGGAACCUCGAAAGAUAAAAUACACAACCAUGCCGAGCACCUAGCAGCCCACCUCUUCGCCAACAGAAAUCUCAAUGGAGCGGUGGAUAGACCGAUUGUCUUCAUAUGCCAUUCCCUCGGUGGCCUGGUAGUUAAAAAGUGCCUUACGUUUUGCUCUCGAGUAAGGCACGAACACAUUCAACAUCUUCGAUCUACAUACGUGUCAACUUACGGCAUCCUGUUCUUGGGAACCCCGCAUAACGGCUCCGAUGUUGCCAAGUUUGGCAGCCUGCUUCAGUCGAUAUGCGGCGCCGUAUUGCCAAAAAAAUUGUUUGAUACAUCGCCUCAACUAAUUCAGAGUCUUAAAACAGAUAAUGAACAUCUGCAGAUCAUUAACCGUGACUUUGUUCAGAUCAUAGAUAGAUUUCGAAUAUAUUUCUUCCAUGAGUCGAAGCCCAUGGACCUCAAAAGUACUCGUGCUUUUAUUGUGGAUGAGGCUUCUGCAGCCCCGUUGAUGGAUGGAGUGGAACGCAUGGGGAUCGAAGCAGAUCAUGGCAGCAUGUGCCGAUUCGAAGAUAGGAAUUCACCUGGCUACGAGGCGGUAUCUGAAGCCGUUUUUCGUUAUUCAAGGGACGCCCCCAAAAUCAUCCCCGCCAGGUGGGCACAGGAAUAUAGGGAACGGGCGAUUGAAAGACAGGAGGAGGCGAGAAGACUCUACGGUUUAAAUGAUCCACUGGGAGGAAGCUUGAUUUCCCUACAAACAGAAAAAUUUGAUUCCCUAGCGAACAGCGUGUCUACCCUUUUACCAAAUCCGCCAUCUGAGAUAGGAGAGAUCCCUCAAUCUCAGGACCCAGAAAAGGAUCCCUUUAUUCGCGUUGUGCCUCCAGGUUUCCACCCAAAUUCUACUUUUUUUGGAAUGGAAAAGGAGAUGAAUGAACUGCACAACCGUCUGUAUAAGGCUAAAAAGAGGGCAACCGGUACCGCUUCAGUUCUCCUAUAUGCGGUUCCGGGCGCCGGAAAAUCACACCUUGCGCGACAAUAUAUGUACACCUAUCAGUCUUUGUACCCUGGCGGCAUCUUCUGGAUUGACUGCAGAACGAGGGAGUCACGGUAUAAUGGUAUUUGGCAGAUUGCACAAAUGGUGGACGAACUAACAGGGGAGAAAGAAAGCCAUGACCCUAAUUGGGGAAGCACUGGUGUCUAUGUGGACAGUGUUCGAAAGUGGCUUGGGUCAAGGGAAAACUGGCUCCUCAUUUUCGAUGGUAUCUCCUUUGAGCACAGCAAAGAUAUUGAUGAAUUCAAAAAUGUGCUUCCCUAUGCAAAAGAAACGGCCAUCAUUUACACGUCCGUCGAUCGCAGUUUGAGCAAGAAGCAGAGGCUCUUGGAGCCAUAUGGACUCGAGGUUAAACGUCUCGCGGUAUCGGACGCAUGCAAACUCCUCUACAAAGAUUUAGGGAUUAAACAUCCCACCUCUAGGCAAGAGAAGAAGGCCAUUGAUUUGGUAAAUUACUACCAGUGCUUGCCUCUUGCGAUUCACGCGAUUGGUCAUCGACUGAGGGCUUCUGGAAAGGCUUUGGAGAAAUACAAAUUUGGUUCUCAUCUAACGGAUGAAAAGCUGGCCGAGCCGUUCCGGGAUAUCAUGAAAGACUUGGCCGAGUAUCAGCAUGUCGAGGCACUCAACCUCAUAAAAAUUCUUUCUUUCUUUGGGCAUCACAUUCCGGUCGGGAUGUUGAACCUUGGGAGGAAAGCUCUUAAUGCAUACAGCGUUGAGAUCCGAACCAGCGAUCGAGGAGGUAGUAACCAACGGCAUAUCGACAAUACUUUUACCACACUCAUGAGGUACGGGCUGAUUGAGAGAACAUUAUACUUGUAUUCGUUGAACGAUAAUUUGGGCGACUCCGGUACUUUGGUAUACUCACAGAUAUCUUCCGAUGCUGACGAUUCCCAUGCGAGCGACAACGAUAAUUUUUCCACCGCAUCACGAAGCACCAUAGAGACUGUCAAGAUCCACACCGUCGUACAGAAGUUUUGCCGUGACGAACUAACAGACCAAGGCGAAAGCCAUUACUAUUGGUGGCUCGCCCUCGCAACCGCGCUGUUCUGCCUGUCCUACGACAACGCGAAAGCCCAGAUGCGGGCUACCAGGGGUUCAGGCCUGACAAGGGACUACAGGGAGUAUUUGACCCAUGCAAGGCGCCUAAUAAGCCAUUUUCCGACAAAGUUCACGGGAGUGGCCAUGAGCCUGCGAAAUUUGCAUGCGACGUUGAAGAAACUGGAGAGUGAUAUGCAAGAUGAGAUUGAAAAUCGCUCCCCAGGAUCUUCGCAGGAGUCGUUCCGGAAUCAGAAAUCAAUUUUUGACCGUACAAGCAGUAUGUCCUCCGUCCCGGACACUCCUGAUAGCCAUACAUCGGCAUCCGCUUGGCCAGAAGGGUUCGAAGAAGUCAAGUCAGAGUCGCCUGUGGAUAUAUAUUUUCCUCAUCAGAUAGUACCAUCAACCACGGACCCAAGUUUACACAUACCUAUCAUAGCCGAAGAGGUGGAAAAUCCAAGGGAGAUCGAAGACGGAAGUUAUACCUCAGGGCUGUCUCGCGUUCCAUCGCAGAACACUGAAAUCCCGCAACUUACAAUAGACGAAGGAGAAGAAGGGGACGAAGAGGGAUGGCAAAAGGUGGAAAAACGCCAACGUGGUUGGAUAUCAGCUCUUGGUCGAUUGCGAAGAGUCAAAGGUAAAAGAAACCUUGGGGACUUUAGACCUCGAGCGACCGUCUCGGUCACAGAAGCUCAUGCUAAAGCCGAGAGCGCUAUCUUGCCUAAGCCCUCGAUAAGAUCGAUAGAAGGAAGAUCCGAUGCCGAGUCGUCACUAGCCGCAGUGCAUCAUUCGAGCCCCCCUCCUACCCGCGGAGGCGGAAUUAAGCCUGCUAAUCGGGCCCCUAGUCAGAAAGACAACAGUAAAACUUACGCUUAUGUUUUGGCUAAUCAGCCAAACACCUCAUUUGCAAGACGGUCUGCUCCCUCUCUGAGCAACCAGCAGCCUCCUUCAACGUCUUAUAGCCCGGAGCUCGCCCAAGGCCGGUUAGAAACUCGCCGUGAGAGCAUGCCUACAUCAGGCCAGAUGGAUCGACCCUUUGACGCAUUAUCUCAGUCCACCCAUAGCGACCCUGGCAUGCCCGUGUCGUUUAGAAAGUCACCUAAUCCCAAUGUGCGCCACCAAUUCUCGGGUUCCGCCGCGCAUUCUCGAAACUCGUCAAGAUCCACGGAUCCUCCCGACAACCACGGUUAUACGCCUCUAGAUCCGUACGACUCCCAAAGGGUCCUUGGUCCUAGCCCCAUGCCUCUUCCCUACCAGAGAGACAUAGCCAUUACAUACGGGCCACAAUAUCCUGCGUUGUCGAAUCUCUCAAGAGCGGCGGCUCCUCCUUCGCCCUUGGCGUCCCCGCCCUAUAUGAAUCGGCCAAACUUCCCAAUGGGCUAUUUGCCGGCUGGCUAUUCGUCGCAGCCCAUGUCUCGCGACCACUCGGCGCAGUCAGAGCAUUCUCUACGAACAGAACCUGCUAGGUUCCCGCCUAACUUCUCUCCGGCCCCUCACCCUUCUCCGUUUGGAUGCCGCGAUAGAGCGCAGAUGCCUUUCGUUGAUACCAGGCGAGUGCAGCACAUCAUGUUCGGGCCUGGGGAAUCGGGAGCUGAUUCGUCUACAAAUUCCCCUGUAUCCUUUGAAGCGCCUGGUAUGUCACGGGGCCCAUCGGGGCCGGGUUUGAUGGUGAACUCCGGUGAUGGUAUGAGUCGAAGUCUUGUGGAGUUUAGUCGUGUCCCAAACACACAGCAUAUUCAGUUCGGGGAGACCAACCCUGUUAAUGUGGAAGCGGCUCGUAGGCGCGCAAGAGCGCCAUAUCCGAGUCACAAUCUUAUUCCGACCGGGAGUGACGACGCGCAGCUUCAGAUGCUACUCAGUGGGUCGGGAGGGCCUGGAUUCAACGGACCACACCAAGGUGGGCAGAGGCAAAGAAGUGGGAGUUCUCCUGUGUCGCGGCACGACCUGAAUGGGUUUGGUGUUCAGUUCCAAUGAAGGUAAUAACUAUCUGAUUAUUACUGCACGAUGUUUAUGUUACUUGUUUUCAGGCCCUUAUUGAAGUGGCUGGAUUUUGGAAUACCUGUUUGUGGUUGGCAUACUUUAAGUAUAGGGCAUGGUUUUUGGACAGCAUAAAAAAUUAUGUCAUAGCAGGAUAAAAUACACCAUGAAAGAGUGGAGGGGGAUGCAUGGAGAUGUUCUUGAUGGGCCUUGGGGUUUAUAUACUACAUUUUGUUUUGGGGGAUACUGCAAGCUAUGAGGUCAUUUGUUAUGGGUUUGGAGUUAGGACUGGUGCUGAUCUUUAAUAUAUUGUUGUAUUGUUUUAAGGCGUUACUUUUUUUUGGCCCCCACCUCCUGUUUGGAUAUGAAUAGAGAGCUACAUAAUGGAAAUGAUACUGGCUUGAGUAAAAUAGCA